GGUAAUAAUUUGCGCUAUAGGAUGCGUGUAUACGAUGAUAGCUUGCGAUGAAUAUCGCGAUAAUCUCGCGAGUAUGAACGAAUGACGUGAUCGUGGAGCAUCGUGAGGUUAUCACCGUAACACUGUGUAUAUUGUGCUUCUGUUACUUUUCUCUUCUCUUCCUCUCUUCUUUUCCUUUCUUUUUAUUUUACGAGUUUACGGAGAAGAGAUGCUGUCGUAAUUAUGGCACCGUGGAUAAAGUUUUUCGAACGUUGUUGCAGAAUAUUAUAUUAAAUGUUUCUUACUAGCUGGCUAACGGAUAUAAUAGAACACUACACAUAUAAUACUUGCUUCCGGUUUACCGAUGACGGCGGCAGGUCUUAAUAGACUAAAGGAAGAUGAUCGACGAGUUAUUGGUGGCAAUAUGAUGAAUAUCUUUCUAAGACCUCAUAUACAAGGUGUACCUAUGACAGAUGAACACAAUUUUUAUUAUUAUAGUCAUUAAACAAUAUAUGAAGAUUACAAAAAUGAACAAGGCAGAAAGUACAGAUAUUGGCAUGGGUUGGCAUGAAUGUGCCAGCUGGUUGACAAGAUGUGGAGCGUUACGAGCAGAUCAUAAAGCCAACUGGCCACAGGCAACUGCAUUUGAUUUAGCUUAUACAUUACGAGAUGGUGUAUUGCUUUGUAAUCUAUUAAAUACUGUGGACCCAGGCUGUAUAGAUAUGAAGGAUGUAAACCAGAAGCCACAAAUGGCACAGUUUCUGUGUUUGCGCAAUAUAAAAGUUUUUUUAUCAGCAUGCUCAAGCAUCUUCGGCCUUCCAGACUCAGACCUCUUUGAACCACCCAUGCUAUUCGACCUGUCCAACUUUCAUCGUGUUCUUUGCACACUCUCUGCCUUGUCUAACUGCUCACGACUUAGACGAAAAGGUAUACCUGGAUUUUCAGUUGGUCAUGGGCGAUCACAGGAGGAUAUAUAUAAGGACUUACAAAGUGCUGGUGCAGGCGCCACGAUCGCGUUGGUGGCGUUUACCAUAAAAACUAAGGCCGUGGAUGUAGAUGAGUCUAAGGUUUAUCAAGAAUUGCUCUGCUUCUCAAGCAAUUCUCAGCAUGACUGGCCUUCUGUGGAGAAGGGCGGUGCCAUUACUGGAGGUGAAAAACGAGAUUAUGUGAUCCAGGAACUUGUAGAGACCGAGCGGAACUAUUCAGAAGUAUUAAGUAGUCUACUUAGGCAUUUUGCUAGGCCAUUAUCGUCGUUGUUGCGACCCGAGGACAACGUUCGCAUUUUCUUUGGCAUUAAGGAACUCUCGGAGAUCCAUGUUGGCUUCCAUAGUCAGUUACGUAAGGCGCGUAGUGGUGCUGCGUUGGCUCAUGUGUUUUUGGACUGGCGAGAGAAAUUUCUUAUUUAUGGCGAUUAUUGCGCUAAUCUCACUCUCGCGCAGAACACGCUGCAGGAAGCUUGUGCUCGCAACGAAGUGCUCAAUCAGGAAGUUAUCAGGUGUCAACAAGAAGCUAACAAUGGUAAAUUUAAACUGCGCGAUAUAUUGUCCGUGCCGAUGCAGAGAGUACUCAAAUACCACUUACUGCUGGACAAACUUGUUGAAGAGACACCUCGCGAAUGGGUCGAGGACUACCGACAGUUGGCAAAAGCAAGGGAAGUGAUGGUUGACGUCGCUCAAUAUAUAAAUGAAGUGAAACGUGAUUCUGACACGUUGGACAUUAUAAAAGAUAUUCAAGCAUCCAUAAUUGAUUGGGAUGUUCCUGAAGACACACAGCUCAAGGAUUUUGGUCGGUUGCUUAGGGAUGGCGAACUUAAGGUGAAAGCUCACGGCGAUCAACGAAUCAAAGCUCGUUACGCUUUUAUUUUUGAACAAGUUGUAUUGAUUUGCAAAGCUGGCAGAGGAGACCAAUACUGUUAUCGGGAAACUUUGCGGUUAGAUGAUUACAGAUUAGAGGAUCACAUAGGACGUCGGACAUUGGGUAGAGACUCGCGUUGGUCUUACCAGUGGCUACUUGUACAUAAACAAGCAUAUACAGCGUAUACUCUGUAUGCAAGAACAGAGGAACAAAAGCAAAUAUGGAUAAAAGCGUUGCAAGACGCUAUAGACAAUGUCAACCCCGCCGCUUGUCGCAGUACCAAUCACAAAUUCAAACUGACAACAUUCGAUACACCUAGAAGUUGUCACCGUUGUGGAAGAUUUCUCAAAGGUUGCAUAUUCCAGGGUUAUAAAUGCGAGACAUGUCGUCUAGCCGUGCACAAACAGUGCAUCGCGCACUCAGGUCGCUGUAUGCCAGCACCGCCUUCACCGACACCACCUCCACCAUUACCUUGCGAACGUGCUCUAUCUGUGAAACUAUGGUUUGUCGGAGAAAUGGGCAGAGAUGCAGCUUCGAACAAACUAGAAUCUCGUGAAGACGGGACAUACAUGCUGCGCGUUCGUCCGGCGGGACAACCACGUCUUCAGCAUGAAACUAAUUACGCGCUUAGUAUUAAAGCGGAAGGAGCGGUAAAACAUAUCCGUGUAUUUAAGCGUGAUGUGGAGGGCGCGGACUUUUAUUAUCUCAGCGAAUCUCGUUUCUUCAAGAGCGUCGUCGAACUCGUUGAAUACUACGAGCGGGCAUCACUAUCAGAAAACUUUGAGAAAUUGGAUCAGCGUCUACUAUGGCCGUACCGGCGAAUUUUGGCUAAAGCGCUUUUCGAUUUCCAUGGCUGCGAACGUAAUCAAUUGAGCCUGCGACGUGGUUGCCGGGUUGUAGUACUGAGCAAGGAGGGCGAUGCCAAAGGGUGGUGGAAGGGUAAAAUAGGAGAUCAAGUAGGAUUUUUUCCGAAAGAAUACGUUGAAGAGGAAUAGAACUAUUAAGAUUCUUAUUCCCUCGCCGCGGAACUUUCGGUUAAUGUUGUUAGAAGCAGGAAAAUCUAUAUUGAAAAUUUUUAUGGAUUAUUUUAUGGAUAAAUAGAAAGAUAUAUUCAUAAAAUGAUACAAUCGAUUGAAUACAUUUUUAAAAUGCCCAGAAAAUUUUUCUUUUAUAAUAAU